AUGGUAAGAGAUGCCCUGAAGGUCAUGAAGCCCACUCUUGACAAAGUGAAGGGGAUGGUAGAAUUCUUCCAUAAGAGCACAAGAUCAACAGAGAAGUUGAAGUCUACUCAGCGCCAAAUGGAUAUGCCUGAGCUGAGGCUCAAGCAAGACUGUGUCACAAGGUGGAAUUCUACAUUGUACAUGCUGAAACGGGUUCUGGAGUCAAAGGAUGCAAUCAUCUCUACCCUGGCCCUUAUCAAUGCACAUAUGGAUGCUCUGGAUCAAGAAGAAUGGGAGGCACGACAGGAGACCUGCACUGUUUUGGAACCCUUUGAGCAGGUCACCGUGGAAAUCAGCUCAGAGAGGGGUCUGCAGAAAAUCACAGCCUACAACCAGACACAAGUGACCAAGAGGAAAGUGACAGAGUUGGUGACUGCUCUCUCAACGUCGAUGGACAGAAAGUUCCACAGAAUGGAAUACAACACUGUCCUAUCAGAAUCUACUGUACUCGAUCCAAGGUUCAAAAGGCUGGCCUUUAAUGAUAACUGCGCUGUUGAUGAGGCUCUUCAGAGAGUAACAGCAGCAGCAGCUCGUUGCGACCUCAGCAGCCAGCCAGCUCAACCACCAGGAGGCCAAGAGGGAGAAGAGGGAGCAAGGGCACCAGAAGUGGAGCCACAAAUGUCUGCUGUUUGGAGGCUCUUUGAUGCAAGAGCAACAGAAGACAUUGCAAGAAGGAAUCCCUCAGCAGAUGCUAUGCUGGAAGUAAGGUCCUAUCUGGAGGAGCCUCUUAUCCCAAGAACCGCAGACCCGCUGAGCUGGGCAGAUAAUAACAGAGAGAAGAAACCGGAUCAACCCCUCUAA